GUCAAUUUUGGAUUAUUAUAGGCUCAAUUGCGUUGUACAAAAUACUACUUAUACUGUACAGAUAAUUACUCUACCCCCAGAUCACCCAUGUAGUAUUUUUUUUAUUUUAUGUAUACCAUCUCCCACCAUCCAAUAACUCAAACAUGAAUUAGCAACCCUUUCAUCUCCCAUAGAUAUAUGACAAUCAUGUAGAACCAUCCAAUAGAUUAAAUGGUUUAGUAGGUGAUGGUUCUUUGUGGAAGGACACAGCUUUAUAAAGAACAAGUUAAAGAACAUAAUGUGUCUAUGUGUAUAAUGCUACAAAUAAUACAAUUCACCACACAGACAUUUGCCUUUUGUUCAGGUCAUAAAUCAAUACCUUUUUGUUCUGUCAACAAACAUGCACAAACAAAGACAUACACACACACUGUAUUCCUCAUUCCUUUGUUCACUGAACUGUAGAUUUAUAACUUUAUGUGCAAGAUGCGAUCUCUAUGCAGCAUCAAAGAUAAGGAGAGAAUCAAUCAGAAAGCAACUCAUUCAGAACUGGAGCCAAACAGCAGAUAUACGUGAAUACACGUUGAAACAACAAUAGCCUGCAGUUUAAACAACAAGCUUAUUCUUCAUAUUUGAUGCAUAUUACAUCCCAAACCACUAUACAGUGUCAUACAUUCUUCCAACCUUUUAGAAAUAUUUUUGCACAAUGUAUGACAUCCAUGACCAUGACAUGAUAAUCCAGUCUGGAGAGAUGAGGUGUGUUAUGGGGAGAACAAUGAGUCUUUGUCCAAAGUUAACUGAGGCCGAUAAUCAGGGCCGCAUUGUCAUCUGCACAAUGAUUUCUGGUCAAUUAUAAAUUGAGUGACCCAUAAUGGAGAGGAAAAGAAUGUCAGCAUUUCCAGUCUGUUUCAACCAAAGUUGUCAUAUCCUUUGGAAAGAGCGGUUCUCUAUGGAGGAAGUUAUCCAGCUGCAGGAACAACUUACUUCCUCCGUGCAUGUUGAAUCAUAAAUCCUAUUUAGACGAAGAGAGAGAGAGACUGGCUUUCCACCCGUUUCCUAGAUGGCAGAUCCAGGGUAAAAAACAGGAUGGGGAAAUAAACCAUUAUAGGUCACAUGGACUGCAUUCUUUAUACUUCUGAGCUGGAAAAUAACAGGAUAGGUUCUUUAAUGGUGGCUGUGCAAAAGGAAGGACAUAAAUAAUGAAGAAAUCUGAUUAUUUGUAUUAUUUGUUAAUAAAAUGGCUAUGAUUUGAUUCUGUCGAACAACAUAUAACACACUUUAGAAAACAAAAAAGACGGACUAUAUAAAAUCCAUGCAACACAAAUGGAAGUGUUCAUAACAUGUAAGCAACAUACAAACACCAGAAGUUAAUAUAACUUCAAUCAUUAAUCUAAAUUAGCAACACAUUAUGUUUUAAUACACAAUACAUGGGUGCACAUUAAAAAAACAAUGGUCAAAUGAACAGGAAGGAAAUGCAUUGUUCUAUGAUUCAAAAUAUACAUUUUAUGAAAUGUUGCAUGCAAAACAUCAAUGAACACAUUCAAAUGCUAACUCUAACCUCAGUUGUUUAGUAGUGUAAAGGUCAAAGCAGAAGAAAAGGGUUAAACUGAUGGCUCGGACUGCUGAGGACGCAGCAAAGCACUGAGAGGCACCUUGAUCCAAAGGAGAUAGGUAAGUAUGUUCGCCCCGCCCACCUUCAACGUUGAUUGGUUGAAGCGUAUGAGCAUGGCUUUCUAUUGGAUUAUCCUGCUGUCAGUUGUAUCUCAGCUCUGAAUACAGUAGGACAAGGGGGAUGAAGACUGAUAACGAACAACGGCGCGGGAUACAUCGGUGGUGGAUAUACGGAAGAAGACGGAGGACGCAGUCUGCUAUGCUGGGCUCGAGACAGAAUGGGUGAGCGUCAGACCUACGUGAAGCUCAGUGAAGAGAAACUUAUCCCAAAGUCUGCCAUCUUGUCACUGCUUCGGACCUACAACUGUUACCAUGAAGGGAAAAACUUCCAGCUCAGGACUCGUGAGGAAGAGGAUGGAGAGCUCAUCCUUGAGGGGUUGCUGAACAUCUACUGGGGUCUGCGCCGACCAAUCAGGCUUCAGAUGUACGACGACAAUGAAAAGUUUCGUCUCAACCGAAACGAUAGAUCUGCUUUGGCAAAGCAGCUCUCAGCGGAGUCUAACAAUAACUCACUGGGCACAGAGAGUGGACCAGCUAGUGGUGACAUGUGUGGUCAGGAGGAGGAGGAUUCUCCUCAGCUGCUGAGGACUAGGAGUGAUGCCUCCUUCAUGCGGGUUCAGAGGAGGUCAAAGACACACACUGCCAGAGAUUUGCAGCGCUUGCGAACACACAGGUUCUCAAUCAACGGACACUUCUACAACCACAAGACAUCUGUAUUUACUCCAGCCUACGGAUCGGUCACUAACGUACGAGUGAACAGCUCCAUGACGACUGGACAAGUCCUCAACCUGCUGCUGCACAAGUUCAGGGUGGAGAAUAAAUCUGAAGAGUUUGUCCUUUAUAUGGUGCACGAGUCUGGCGAAAGGACCCGACUGAAGGACGGCGAAUACCCGCUGGUGGCUCGUGUGCUUUAUGGACCCUGUGAGAAGAUCUCCAAAAUCUUGAUCACAGAGGCGGACCUGGGAGAGGAAGUUACAUAUGAUGUUGCCCAAUACAUAAAGUUUGAAAUUCCUGUUUUAAACAGCUUUGUCGAGAAACUUAAAGAGGAAGAGGAACGCGAGAUAAACAAGCUGACCAUAAAGUACGGUGCUCUGAAGUCUAGGAUCCAACAUCAGCUGGAAGGCGGAGCUCACACCAGUGACAGAAUAUGAGUGUUUGUGUUUGCUCUGAUGUAACCUGUAUAUGUGUGUGGGGGGGCAACACUAAUGAUUGUUGAUUUACUAUGGGAACAUUUGCCACAACUAUAGUAAAUGUAGAGGUAAAGGAAAAAGGGUCAAAGUAAAGGCUGAAAUAGAACCAUAUCAUACACUAAUGUGCUCUUAGAAUGAUCUGUUAAAGUUGCUGUACUACUGUGAAAUCUAUAACUGCUUUGAUAUUCCUACUAUUAAUAUAUUGGCAUUUUGUAUGAACAUUCUUAUUGCAAAUUGGUAUCUUGUUACAAGCUGUUUUUUGCACAUUUUUAUGUAAUAAAUCUAUUUUAGGGUGGCCUUUA